AUGGCGGGCCCAAUGAGAGAGCGCCCGGGGGACAGGGAACCCCCUGCGAACAACUUCGAAUAUGACGAGCAGGAGUGGGACAUAGGCAUCGGCAGCCUCAUCAUCGACCUGGAUGCGGACAUAGAGAAGAACGCUUCCACUGGGAUGGCGUCUGCCGCCGGCGCGGCCGCCAAGGCCGCCAAGCUGGCCGUGGAGCACUCGGCCACGGUGGACAAGGGCCUCAAGAUGAAGAUCAAGCGCACCAAGCCGGGCACCAAGACGUCCGAGGCCAAGCACGAGAUCGUCAAGUCGAACGAGCAGCACAACGGCGAGGAGAAGGGCGCCAAGCACGUGGCCGCCGCGCCGCCCGCGGCGCCGCCCCCCGGCCCGGCCAUCAGCAGCAACAGUAGCAACAGCAGCCCGGCCAGCUCGGGCAAGCGGGGGUCCAGCAGCCACCGCAGGGACAAGGUCAAGGACAAGUCCACCAAGCCGACCUCCGGCAGCACCACGCCGUCGGCGCUCCCCGACGGCCCCCAGGGCCAGGGCGGCCAGGGCGCGCAGGCACAGCCGCCACCCGCGCAGCCCUUCCUCAACGACGCGGACGCCGACCGGGGGCCGCCCGCCAAGAAGGCCAAGGCCAACUCCGAGUCCAAGGAGCUGGUGGACAUGUGCGUCGGCACGAGUGUGGGCACCAUCACGGAGCCGGACUGCCUGGGCCCUUGCGAGCCCGGCACGAGCGUCACACUGGAGGGCAUUGUGUGGCACGAAACGGAGGGAGGCGUUCUCGUGGUGAACGUGACGUGGAGAGGGAAGACUUACGUCGGGACCUUACUCGACUGCACCAGACACGACUGGGCGCCGCCAAGGUUCUGCGACUCGCCGACCAGCGACCUGGACGCGCGGACGCCCAAGGGACGCGGCAAGCGGGGCCGGGGCGCGGCCAGCACGCCGGGCGGCGACCUGUCCAACUUCACGGAGACGCGGUCGUCGGUGCACUCCAAGCUGCGCAACGGCGGCGCCAAGGGUCGACGGGGACCCGGGUCGGGCAACGGGACGACGGUGGGGUCGCCGACGCAGUUCCCGCCGCCGCGGCUCGACCGCCAGGACAACAAGCGCAAGAGCAGCCGCACGGAGACGGAGGAGGUGAACGGCGCGGGCCAGGGCUCCGCUAAGAAGAGCAAGGCCGCCAACAACUCGUCGAGCCCGCCGCCGUCGCCGGUGCUGCUCGAGUGCCCCGAGCCCAACUGCAGCAAGAAGUACAAGCACAUCAACGGGCUCAAGUACCACCAGUCGCACGCGCACGGCUCGGCCGAUGACGACGACACCAAGGACGUGGCCAGCUUGUCGGAGAACGACGAGAGCAACGCGGAGCCGCCGAGUCCGCGGCCGAGUCCGCGCCCUAGUCCGCGGCCCAGCCCGCUGGCCGCGCGUGCCGAGAAGGACGAGGAGGUCACUACCGUACCUGACACCGCCGCGGACAAGGCCUCGGGGCCCAGCCCCGCGCCGCCCGCGGCUACCCCGCCCGCAGCCGCGCCCGCGGCGCAGGUGGACGUGCCCGCCGUCGUGCCGGACAAGGUCAUGAAGACGGGCGUCCCCGGCGUGCUGCGCUUCGGCGUGGCGGACGAGUCGCCCCCGACGGCCGUCGUGUUCAAGGUGAAGCCGGCCUCGGCGCUGAUGCCCGAGAAGGAGAAGACCGCCGUGCCCGGGCCGCUGCCGCUGGCCGGCGCCAUGUCGCUGCCGGGGAGCCUGGCCAUGCCGCUGCCGGGGAUGCCGGCCGCCUUGCCGGGGUCCUUGGCGGGGCCCGGCGCCGUGGGGCUGAGCGCGUCGCCCGCGCUGGCCAACGCGGGCGUCAACCCCAACUCCAAGACGCCCAACCACAAGAAGAAGGCGCGCAAGUCCCCGGCCGGCAGCCCGCACCCCAACCCCAACGAGCAUCCCUUCGGCGCCGAGAACACCGGCCGCGACGGCGUGCAGAGCCCCGCGUACUCGGACAUCUCCGACGACGCGGCGCCCACCUCGGAGGCCGACGACAAGGCCAAGGCGGCCGACAAGAAGGCUGAGGGGUGCCAGGGCGCUGCCGGCCACCCGCUGCAGCCCCACUACAACAUGUUCCCGUUCUACGGACAGCCGCCCUAUCUAGUCCCCGCCGUGUCGGCCGUCAACGCGGACGGCAAGCUGGCGCCGCUCAAGGACGGCGAGAAGCCGGGCGACGCCAAGGCGCUCAACGACAAGGACAAGAAGGAGGACUUCCCGCCCAAGGGGCUGCCGCAGCACUACCCGUACUACGGCUACGUGCCGGGCAUGCAGGGCAUGCAGGGCCUGCAGGGGUACCCGUACGGCCUGGAGCCCGGCUACGCCAUGUCGGUCAUGCCCUUGGACGAGAAGAGCAAGGACGGCAAGAACAGCCCCAGCCCCGCCGACCUCAAGCCCCCCGUCGGGCUGGGGGCGCCCAUGGGCGCGCCGGGUUUGAACCCGAGCCCCAUCACCGUCCCGAACCCCAGCAAGAUCAAGCUGGAGCCGGGCAAGAAGGAGCAGCACCCCAACGACAACCACCAGAUCCUCAAGGAGAGCAUCGAGAUGAAGACGCAGAUGGCCGGCUUCAUGUACUCGCGGCCACCCGGCGGGCCGGGGGCCGGGCAGCCUGGACAGCCCGGGCAGCCGCUGCUGACUGCGCCGGGGCAGGCGCCGGUCGGGCAGCAGGGGCAGCAGAACCACCCGACGCAGGGCCCUUUAGGGCAGAGUCAGCCUCCAGGACAACCGCCUGGGCCGCCGCCACCGGGACCGCCACCCCCGGGGCCGGUCGGGCCGGCCGGCCCGGGCGAGGACAUGAGGCGCUACUACAUGUUCGACCAGCGUCGGAAGGACGGCCCCCAAGGCCCCCAGGGGCAGGGCCCGCCGCCCCCGGGGCCUGGAGCCAACCCCUCGCUGGCGGGGGGGUCUGGGCCGGGCCAGGGGCCGGGGGACCCGCGCGACCUCCGCUCCGACCUCCGCACGGACCACCUGCGGCAAGACCUCCACCGGGUGGACCACCGCGUCGACCACAGGAUGGACCACCGGCCGGACCACCGACCGGACCACCGGUCAGACCACCGACCGGAACACCGGGCCGACCACCGGCAGGACCACCGGCCGCCCCUGAAGGGAACGCCGCCGCCGAGCAAGGUGCGGUCGACGCCCAGCCCCAGCCCCAAGCACAAGGACGGCAAGGCCGAGGACAAGAAGGGCGAGGAGAAGAAGCAGGAGGGCGUCAAGCCCACUAUGGAGACGCAGGGGCCGCCGCCGCCGCCGACGUCGUCCUACGCGUACAUCCACCCGGGCUACAUGCAGGGCCCGCACUACGGGGCGCUGCCCUUCGACCCCAACCACCCAGUGUACCGCAGCAUGAACCCCAUGCUGGUGCCGCAGUACCUGCACCCGGGCCUCAGCCCCGGCCUGGGCAGCAUGAGCAGCAUUGGCGCCAUGGGCAGCAUGCCGGGGGGCAUGCCGGGCAGCAUGCCCCGCUACCUCGGCCCGGAGGACCUGUCCCGGCCGCCGCCUGGCGGGGGCGUUGGCCCCGUGGGCCCGGGGGGCCCCAAGGCGCUCGAACUGCUCCAGCACCACGCCAGCCAGUACUACUCGUCGCACAAGAUCCACGAGCUGCAGGAGCGGGCGCUUAAGUCGCCCACGCCCAAGACGGGGCCGACGAGCGCGUCGCCGUCUGGCGGGCCCCACGGAGCCCCUCCCCCGCCCCCGAGGCCGCCCAGCAACCCCUUGGGCCCCGCCACGUCCACCGCGUCGACCGCCCCCGGCGCGCCGCCCCCGGGGAAGCCCGCGGCCGACGGCAAAGACUCUAGGUCGCCGCCCCCGCAGAGGCACGUGCACACGCACCACCACACGCACGUGGGGCUGGGCUACCCCAUCCUGGCCGGCCAGUACCCCGCGCCGUACGGAGCAGCGGCAGUGCUUGCGAGCCAACAAGCUGCAGCUGUUGCCGCUUCAGUCAUCAGUCCAUAUGCUCCUAAAUGAGGGGUGAGUCCUCACCAAGUCGUGAUGGGUUAAAUCAUUGUCCUUGGGAUAUUAGAUGUAUGUCAAACACUGGAAAGUGCCCAUGUAUCAUUUCUUGUGCUAAUUUUAAUAUUUCUCUGUCCUAGUCUUUCCAACAUUGAUUCAUCCAAUGUCACAUUUUUGUUGUUUUAACGUAAGUUUUUACAAGACUGUAUAACACUAAAAAAAUGUAGUAGGACUUCCAUGUUGGAAGAAGCUUAUGACAUUUUUGUCCUGAAAAUGUUAUUUGAUUUUAGCAUUCAGGAUAUGUUUGUGAUAGAGGUAUGUGGUUGUUCGAAUUCAAACUUGCUAUAUUCCAAGCUGUGGGUUUCAUUCACUAUUAGCAUAUGUGACUAGAUAGGAUUUAUAUUAUGCCGUAAUUUUUUUAUUGCGUCUUCUGCAAGGUUCACUUCAAGUUUGAGUUCGAACUUAGUUCUGUUUUCAAACCUCUAGUAUGUGAUUAUUAAUAUUUAGAUGUUUACUAUGAGUUAUGGGCAGACUGCAAGCUUGAUGUUGUGCAUUGAGACAGGCAGUGGGAUCAAUUGACCAGUAAACCAUGUUGGUGCAAUGAUUAAGAAAAAUACAUAAACCUUUCAACGUUUCAUACAAAAAGAACUGGAAAUUUGUGAAUAUGCGUGGAUGGAAUUAUGUUAAUGAGUCUUUAAAUUGUAUAUUUGUCUCAGAGAAUUUAAAGGUGCUACUGGAAAAAAAAAAGAAUUGACUUUUAUCUAUGUACAAAAGACAAAAAGAUAUUUUAUCUGAGCAUUAAGUUCAGGAAACCUUUGAGCAUACCUAGAUAUUUGUGCUGUAGCAGCUGACUUGCUAAAGCGUAACUUUUUAAAAAUUGAAACAAAAAAUAUUUGUGUAGAACUUGUUCCAAUUCUUCUGUGCUUGUAAAUGUGAAAAUUUCUUGCCAAUGUGUUGGGAUUUUGAGUCUCCUCUCCUUCCUCUUUUUCCAAUGUGAGCAGUAUGGCACCUCUUUAAACUGUAUGAUAAAAAGAUAGUUUUUAUUUCAAGCAGAAUGAACUGCAGCUUGUUGUAUUAGUUGCAAAUUUUUCAUUAUAAUUUGAAGUCCUUCCAGCUUUAGUCCUCUUUUCUCUCAUUGUCUUUGAUUACAUUCCAAAUGCUUCCAAUGCUUCUGAUGGAAAAAGAGAUGUGAGAGGCACUUUUAACAAAAUGUCCUAUAGACCAAGAUCGCAGUUGGCACAGAAAAUGCUUUUAACAAGGCAGUGAAACUGAAGAAAUGAUCUUUAUUGAUUGAUAUCUUUCAUUAAUCUAGGUGACAUGAUUUUGUAGAUGUUUUGUUCAGGCAGCCAAUUUACUCUGUAGAUAGAGAGGGCAAUCGUUAGUUUAUGUAUUUUUAAAGUUCUUUUUAGAGAAAAUAUUUGUGUACAUAAAAGCAACAAUUAUAUUUCAUUACUUGUAAUUAUUACCAACAAUGAAAACUAAAGUUUAGGAAAUCUGCUAAGGAUGUGACUGUAUUUAAAGAAAAUAUCCUGAGCAAAUGCUGUACAUUGAAAUGACAUUGUAAGCGAAAUUUGAAACUUUGCAAGCGUUAUGUUAUUAUUUUGUAAAUUGCAUUGUUGAGUGUAAAUGCUAUGAAUUGUACUUAUAUGAUGAUUAUGUUCAUAUUUGCAACCAUCUUGUGUUAUCUGAAAUAUUAUUUUUACAUGCCUGAAAUCAAAAUUUCUCAAAUUUAUACUCUUGUUUUCUUUUCUUUUUUUAAUCUCGCUUACAUUGUUACCCUGAUAAAUUAAAUAAUGAUCAGUGAUUU